AACUCAGAUCUUGCUUUUGUUAUUUUUCCUGCUACGAAUCAGAUGGAUAUCAAUGAAGCUUGGGGCAGAAACUUGAUGAUCAUGGAAGGAGAUGAUGACUCAUCGUCACAUGGUGAAAACUCAUCAGAGAACUCCAAUUCUUCAACCUCUUCGUCAGACUUGGUUGAUGAUGCAUCAUCAUGCAAUGGACCUCUUUAUGAAUUAUCAGACCUCAUGGCUCAACUACCUAUCAGGAGAGGGCUUUCAAAGCAUUACCAAGGGAAGUCUCAGUCAUUCACAUCAUUAGCCAGGGUGAUGAGCAUAGAUGAUCUCCCAAAGAAAGUGUUGAACAAUAGGCAAGAUGAAAUCAUGCAAGAGCUACGGAUGGGGACUUGAUGGUCAAAGAAACAAGUCGUUUAGCCCCAAGGCUGCCAUUUCAAAGAAGGGUUUGUUCCAACAGAGGCCGUUUCAUGUCUUCUCUGGGUAAUAGAAUUAGUAGUGAUUAGCGAAAAUGAAGGGUUGAGGUAAUAUUGUUCAUGCCUAGGAUGAUUAGGUUGGUUCUAAAAUGCUGCAGGCAAGGUGGGUUUUUGAAUGUAUAGCUGUUUUUUUCCAUUUUCAUGGAAGGAAACAUUGAUCACCUCACCAUUUUUGUGGAUUCAAA